CGCGAACACAAACCCAUUGAGAACAAAAAAAAAAAACCCAGAAAUCCAUCUUCUCCGUCCCUAUUUCUCACUUCCUUCAACUCUGUAAAUCGGAAUACUAGGGCAAGCUAGAAGUCGAGCAAAGAUGAGCGUCAUCGAGCUUCUGACGCGAGUCGAGGCGAUCUGCACCAAGUACGACCGCUACGACAUCGACAAGCACAAGGAAUCCAACGUCUCCGGCGACGAUGCCUUCGCUCGUCUCUACUCCGCCGUCGAGUCCGACAUUGAAUCCGCUCUUCAGAAAGCAGAGCUCGCUUCGAAAGAGAAGAAUAGAGCAUCUGCAGUUGCUCUGAAUGCCGAGAUUCGCCGAACUAAGGCUAGAUUGAUGGAAGAGGUUCCCAAGCUGCAGAGAUUGGCCGUGAAGAAGGUUAAAGGGCUUUCAUCUGAAGAGUUUGCUGCUCGUAAUGAUAUGGCUCAUGCACUGACAGAUAGGAUCCAGGAUAUACCAGAUGGCACUCCGGCUGUGCCGAAACAAAGUGGAGGAGGUUGGACAGCUUCAGCUUCUCGUACUGAAAUCAAGUUUGAUUCCUCUGAUGGUCAAUUUGAUAAUGAAUUCUUUCAACAAACUGAGGAGUCCAGUCAAUUCAGGAAUGAGUAUGAAAUGCGGAAAAUGAAGCAGGACCAAGGUUUGGAUGUGAUAUCAGAAGGUUUAAGUACGUUGAAAAAUAUGGCUGGAGAUAUGAACGAGGAAAUGGACCGGCAAGUACCAUUGAUGGAUGAGAUUGACACUAAGGUGGACAAGGCAUCUUCUGACCUUAAGAAUACUAAUGUUAGACUGAAAGACACUGUAAACCAGCUGAGAUCCAGCCGAAAUUUUUGCAUUGAUAUUGUAUUGCUGAUUAUCAUUUUGGGCAUUGCUGCCUACCUGUACAAUGUUUUGAAGAAGUGAAAUGGCAAUAUGACCAGUUUAUGAGUUGGUUACUCGGCACUGUUGCACGUUGAGAACUCAUUUUGGUCGUUUGUUAUAUAGUGUUUGAUGUUCAGUUCAUGAUUUAGACAAUAGUACGAAACUACGAAUGGAUGUUGUGUUUGUUGAGUACAUCAAUCAUGUCUGUAACUUUUACUGCAGCUUAUUGUUCUCUAUCUCGAGUCUAUUCCUGCUUGUUAUGAUUCCUCAAGCUCAAUUCUUUUAAAACCUUUGUUAUCCCUGUUAAUAGUUUGGAAUUACAUUUGUCUCAAUUUCAUAUGGAUCUUUUAAUGGAAAUACUGUUUGGUGCU